GUUUGUAUAAAACUGUGCUCACCACGACAUCAUUGUGUUAUAACAGUGAUAACACUCCACAUCGUCCACCCACAACAAGCGAGACAAACGUGUUUUUUAAGACAUAGCCUGAAUAUACCACAUUUCCCAACCCACAUUUGGCUAAAGAAAAACUUAGUCACUGCUAUUUUCACAGGCGAGUUCAAUCUACAGGCAUAUUUGGAUAAGCACUAAGCAGUUGCGAAAAUAUACAAUUAGAUCGAGGCGUACGUAAUUAAAAGUACUGGAGUCAUGUCGCUGACACCGAGACAAUGCGAGAUGAUCAAGAGCUCUUGGAAGGAAGCUUCACAAGGCGGGAAGCCUACCGAGUUUAGAGCACUGAGAUUUGUUAUGGAUUUCUACUCGCAUCUGUUCGAUCUUGCACCCUCUACCAAAUCUAUGUUCAAAGGGGGUAUGGCAAAUCAAGGGAAAGCUUUGGUCGGUAUGCUCGAUAUAGUUGUGAAUCAUAUAGACUCUUUGGCUACUAUAAAAGGUGAUGUGGAACUACUGGGACAGAGACACGCCAAGUAUGGUGUUACUUCAAAUAUGUAUGUUACAGCUGGCAGAGCUCUAGUCAUGGCCUUAGCUCCGCGUAUACCCGACGACGAGGAUAAACCUGAAUGUGCAAGCGCAUGGAUGGAUGCAUACUCUUUCUUGGCUUCGAUAAUGUGUAAUGCGGCUGGAGAUAAACUGGCUAUGACUUCGAUAAGGCGCACUAUCAACCCUGCAGACCUUCCCGAGAAGGACUUCAAAGAAAUAGUGAAAACAAAGAAAACGCUCAAGGCACAUCUCAGGAAGAAGCAAGGAUCAGAUAGUGUAACAUUUCUGGACUCAGAUAUUUCUCCUGAAGCGAAGAAAAAGAAAAGUAAUAUGUUCACGAGGAUGUUCAAACCAUCGUCCAAGGUUAAAUAGUUGUUUAGCAAUAUUCUGUAAGUAGCGCCAAUAAUUUUCUGUAAAUAUGCAGUACAUAUUCAAUAAAUCUCACUAGGUGCGAUUAGCACA